ACAUUCACCUGCAGAUACAGAGAGAGAAAGAGCAUAGAGCGCAGAGCAAGAAAGAAGAAGAAGAGAAGAGCGGGCUUUCGGUGCGGCUAUUUGGGGAGAAAUCUGAGAUUAGAAUCCGAGCCGUUACCCCUUCUUAUUGUGUUUUUUCAAUCCGUUGGAUUGUUUGAAUUUAUCCGAAGUUCUUGUUUCAAAGGAAUUUUGAAUGGUUAAAGGUGGCUGUUUUGAGUAUGAAUGCUACAAGCUAUUUUUCCACAGGAUCUCCCCUACAGUAUCGUCAUCGCGGUAGAGAGUUUCUUUAAACACUUGAGUCCACCUGAGGAUGAGUUUCCUGAUCUAAGAUCUGAUCCGGUCCUUUUCUUGUCUGCAGAUUGCUGUCUGUUGCCUUGUCUGAAUCACCUGAUGGCUCUCUCAAUGUAGUGAUCCGAUAUUUCUCGCUCUCCUUAGUUCUGUGUUUUAAUAUAUCACGGCCGUUGUCUGUUCUGUUUUCUGGUAUUGUUGGUGGCCGGCAGAUUAGAUCUUUGUUUUCUGACAGAUGGUCAUUAUUGUAUCAGAUAUUUAUCUGGUUCAAUCACAAUCGGCAUCUGAGUUUGGCGGUCAAUUGAGAGUGACUGAAAGGCUCUCUUCCUUCGCCAUCUCUGUUGCCGGCUGUGAGAAGAACCACCGCGGGUCUUUCUCUUCUGUUUCUGUCUUGUAACUUCAAUAGCCCUCUUCAGACCCAAAUGGCUGUGGCACUUUUCAAGAGUCCGUUUGGUAACAGGGAGUACCAUGAAACCAAUAGGUCUGAAGGGAAACCUGCUGGAAGGAGACGUGUUUUUGUGCAAACUGAGACAGGUUGUGUUCUGGGAAUGGAGUUAGACCGGAGUGACAAUGCAAAUACGGUGAAGAGGAGGUUGCAGCUUGCCCUGAAUUUUCCCACUGAGGAAAGUUCUUUGACAUUUGGUGAUAUGGUGUUGAAAAAUGACCUCAGUGCCGUUCGAAAUGACUCCCCGCUUCUUUUGACACGGAAUGUUAUGCAUAGAAGCUCUUCAACUCCCUGUCUGUCACCCACUGGUAGAGACAUCCAACAGAGGGAUCAGAGUGGCCCGAUAGAGAUACUGGGGCACUCGAAUUGCUUUGCCAAGACCAAACAACUUGUUAAGGAAAUUGUCAAGGCAAUGAAGAAUGGAGUUGAUCCACUCCCUGUUCAUAGUGGGCUUGGAGGGGCGUAUUAUUUCAGAAAUAGCAGAGGUGAGAGUGUUGCCAUCGUGAAGCCUACGGAUGAAGAACCGUUUGCACCAAACAAUCCCAAGGGCUUUGUUGGCAAAGCUCUUGGACAACCAGGCUUAAAACGUACAGUGAGGGUUGGGGAAACAGGAUACAGAGAGGUGGCUGCUUAUCUUCUCGACCAUGAUCAUUUUGCAAAUGUGCCACCCACUGCAUUGGUGAAGAUCACCCACUCGAUCUUCAAUGUUAAUGAUGCUGUGAAUGGAAACAAGCCUCAGAGCAAGAAGCAUGUCAGCAAGAUUGCAUCCUUUCAACAGUUCAUUCCGCAUGAUUUUGAUGCCAGCGAUCAUGGAACCUCAAGUUUCCCUGUUUCCUCUGUGCACCGCAUCGGUAUAUUAGACAUUAGAAUUCUUAACACGGAUAGGCAUGCGGGUAAUCUUUUAGUUAGGAAGCUUGAUGGUGUUGGGAGGUUUGGUCAUGUGGAACUUAUUCCUAUUGAUCACGGCCUCUGCUUGCCUGAAAGUUUGGAAGAUCCGUAUUUUGAGUGGAUUCAUUGGCCUCAAGCUUCAAUACCAUUCUCAGAUGAUGAGCUUGAGUAUAUAGAAAAUCUUGAUCCUAGUCAGGACUUGGAGAUGCUGCGAAGAGAGCUCCCCAUGAUCCGUGAGGCUUGUCUACGUGUCCUGGUCCUGUGUACAAUCUUCCUUAAAGAAGCUGCUGCAUUUGGGCUUUGCCUUGCUGAUAUAGGUGAGAUGAUGAGUAGGGAGUUCCGCAAUGGUGAGGAGGAACCUAGUGAGCUUGAGGUUAUAUGUGUCGAGGCAAGACAGUUGAUUGCUGAGGACAUGACUCCUAAGGCUGAAGCUGAUGGGGAGGAAUUUCAAUUUCACAUAGAUUACGAAGAUGGAGGAUCCGACUUAACAACGAGAUUGGCCUCUGAGGACUUAAUGGCAGAUACACCUUUUUGCUUGGGAUUUGGAUGUGUUCAUGCCUUUACUCCCCUUUCGAAGCUAGAGGAAACCAUUGAAGAAGAAGAGGAAAGUGAUGGAGAAGAGGUGGAAAAGGAAUUCACCGGGGGUCCUGCCCUUGAGAGGAUCCCGACUAUUUCGAAGCUAUCUAUGUCGCUUAAAAAUACAAACUUAAGCGAGAAGAUCCAUAAGUUCCCAAAUUUUUCUGGAGGAAAACCUGACCAUGGUUAUCUAACUAGUUCAUCUUCGGGUCAUAGGAGUGCGAAUGAGCAGCUUCCCACAAGUGUGAGCUUUGUGAAGCUAGCAGACAUGAAUGAGGAAGAAUGGGCAAUGUUUUUAGAGAAAUUACAGGGGCUUUUAUACCCGGCAUUUGCUAAGCGCAAGUCUGUGACGACCCUUGGUCAAAAGCAAAGACAGAGGCUCGGGACGUCAUGCCAGUUUUGAGAGAGUUGCUACUACAAUAAUUUGCUAUUGCAGUUGGGAGAAUAAGGUGACGGUCUUUGAAAGGACUUGUAGGGUAAUUUGGUUUAUGCUUUCUCGUAGAAGUUGCCCUAGGUGGGAGUAUUAGUAAGAUGAAGUGAUGUAAAUAUUCUUUGGAAGCAGCCGAGGCAAAGCUCUUUGUAGAUUGGUUAUGUAUUUUUUCCUUGAACGUUUUAAUUUGUUUCAUUCUCUUGUCGAUGUUGUUGAAUAAAUAAUUUGUAGAAUGACAUUUUAAAGAGGAAAGUUGCAUGAUGUAAAUAUUGAUCCAUGUUUACAGUUUUGUUGCUAUUUCCAUUGGUUUACUUGC